AUGGGUCUCCCCCUCGAGCAGUGGCGCGGCGGCGAGGCGGACGGGAAGGACGCGCCGGCGCCGGCCGGGUGCAGGACGCCCGGCGGCGCCCAGGCGGCGGGCGGGGACUGCCCGGCCGCGCCCAGGAAGAGGAGGGCCCCCGCGGGGGUCGUCGCGCAGCAGCGGCGCAGGGACUACUACGCCGGCGCCGACGUCGAGGCCUUCUUCGCCGCCCACAACCUCUAGGGACCUCAGACGGUCAGACCCGCCACGCCAUGCAAGCAGGACCUGUUAGAGUUGGGCCUUGCGCGUAGCCUUCCAGUUAACGUACGGAGCAUGUACCCUGAGAAUGUGCAUUAUUACCAAGUGUCUAGUGUGCGUAGCCAGUUUUAGACUUUCGUGUCCCUGGUAAUAGUCUGGAGUAUGAUCUGCCGCUGGUGAUGUCAUGUGCCAGCUGCCAGCUAGAGUCUUAAUCUGCUAGUUAGUUGCCUGCUUUUGUCUUGGACUUUGUAAUGGCCGUGGUGUGUACUUCAAUUAGCUAUCCUCUCCAAGUUGUAACCACACGCUAGU